AUGGCACAACCUUGGGACUACAUAGCGAAGAUCGUGUCGCUAGGUGACUCCGGAUCAGGCAAAUCGAGUCUGACCAUCCGACUCUGCGAAGGCCGCUUCGUCUCCCACCACGAUGUCACCAUUGGCGUCGAGUUUGGCAGCCGGGUAGUACCUGUAGGCCCACCAGCGAGUCUCGAACACAACAUCAACAAUCCCGUCGGAUCGUCACAAACACCAAAGACCACAUCCCCAAACGAUGUACGACAGAAAGGCAAAGGCGAACCGGAGCAGAAGCACAUGAAGCUCUCACUAUGGGACACAGCCGGCCAAGAAACCUACAAAAGCAUAACCCGCUCCUACUUCCGCGGUGCCUCAGGUGCCCUUCUCGUCUUUGAUAUCACAAGAAGAAACACCUUCAACUCCGUGACAUCCUGGCUCCAAGAUCUACGCCAACUAGCCGAAGACAACAUCGUCAUAGUCCUCGUAGGCAACAAAUCCGACCUCGCGCCCUCUAACACCAUCACCGAAGGCGACAGCAAGAACAAACGCCAAGUCACGCGGCAGGAAGCGGAAGAAUGGUGUCGGCAGAACAAAGUGAUGCAGUAUCUUGAGACCUCGGCGAAGUCAGGGGAGAAUGUUGAGAGGGCGUUUUUGGAGGUGGCGGAGAGGAUAUAUCAGAAUAUUGAGGCGGGAAAGUAUGAUUUGAAUGAUCGGAGGAGUGGGGUUAAGGGGCCUGGUGCAGGGGGUGGUGGCGGUGGGGCGGGGAAGACGGUGAAUUUGGGUGGUGGCGGUGGUGGGCCUAGUGCAGUGAUGAAGAAGAGUGGGUGUUGUUGA